GACAAGACAUUUCUACUCAGAGGAACACAAGCGGAUUGACACGCGACAUGCUUCCACCCACUGUACUCAAACUAACCCUCGCAGCCGACCGAAGAGUUAUCCUUCCGUUGGACGAAGGCGACAACAAUCUGGAUGUCGUCCAAUGGUAUUUGGACGAAUUGGUGAGACCCGGUGAUGUACUCCUCAUUGUGUACAAUGUGCGACCCACGCCGGUGCCUUCAGCUACCAGAUUUCCAGUCCUGUUAGGCACCAUGCUCACGAUUGGUCAGUCCAGCAUCAGAAAAGGCAAGUCGAAAUGUCGCGAGGCGAUGCAACUGGCCAAGAAUUAUGGGGUGAACGCGCACUCAUUCCUGUAUGUGCACGCGAAACCACACCUCACGUUGACAAAUGCUGUUCGCGAACUAAACGCUGAUUUGGUCAUCCUCGGUCAUCGAACCUUCACAACCUAUGGAAAGGCAGUCUCGGAGGACUCGUGUACGGCGAGAAAAACUGUCUCCAACGUGCCGGUGGAGUUGGCAAAGCCUGUUAUCAGGACUGUCCCACGGUCGCGUAACUACUCCUGUUGAUUGAUAUGUACAUAGCAUUUGGCCAGAUUAAUUUAUUUGUUAUUUAUUUAUUUACCUCAA